CAUGGAAGCUCCGAAACUCCAGUCUUCAUCGAAAACUGAACGUGUGGAAGAACUCGGCCUGGCACAUCUCCUUGUAUCUCUUUGGAUGACCAAGGCAUUAUUGUGACGCUCCCACAACCCAUACACUCGCUGUUUCCGGUAGACUUGCAGUCGCAGACGUUUCCAGCGCCUUCGCUUGCAACCUUUUUUUCCUGUAUUCUGACGCAUAGCUUUGUAAUAGAUAUAGCAACUAAACCUGUGACACUAUAGUCGCUUGAGUUGGUGCGCGUGUAGCGCGAUGCAAGCGCAAACGCCACAGCAAGCGCCGCGUAUUCCGCGUUGCCGGUCGGCUUUGUUAAGAAGACCCUGUAGUUUAUCCGGGUCGAGCUCUAGGCGGCAUCGGGCACCUGCAACGGUUGCAGUGAGCGCGUUGACAACGCAGACAGGGGAGCGGACGGCAGGCCAUACUUCAGAUGCGUGCGACCUUGUGCUUUCAAGCGGCUUCUUAGCAUUUGCAGGGCACGCGGGCUUUUUACAGGCAGUAGAGGAGGCCGGCCUUCCUGUGCGGGGUGUUAUGGGCACCAGCGCUGGGGCGCUUGUGGGUAGCCUCUACUGCGCUGGGUACACCCCGCGACAGGUUGCCAAGUACCUGUCAGACCAGACGCCCGCGUCCCUCCUGCGCCCCUCUAUAGCCCCCUGGCGCGGCGGGGCGCUCAGCCUGGAGGGCGUCAUUGAGCGGCUGCGGGACCUGCUGCCACCCAGGUUCGAGGACCUGCGGCGGGAGUUCGCGGUGGGCGUGGUGACGGCGGACGGCCGACACCUGCUGCUAGACAGCGGGCCGCUGCCGGAGGCGGUGGCGGCGUCCGCAGCCAUCCCCUUUGUCUUCCAAGCAGUGGACGUGCCGGGCCACUCACGGCACGGUCCCUUCAAGGACGGUGGCGUGGUGGAUCGACUGGGGCUGAAGGCGUGGCGGGACCGGCGGCGGUCGCAGCUGCAGCGGCAGGCCACUCAUGGCUCGGGGCCGCUGCGACCGCCGCCCUGCCUGGUGCACGUCAUCGACCGCAGCUCCCCUUUCAGCGGCUUUGAUGACACCAGCGCCACGGGCGAAUCCCACAUCCUGGUGGUGCGCUCCCCUCGCUCCUCCGCCAACUUCUUCGAUCUGGGCUCUUUCGAUGACCACAUGUCUGCAGCGCGGGAGCGAGCUCGACCAUACCUCGUGCGAUUGCGGCAACAGCAGCUGCGGGGAGGCGGCGGCGGCGGUGGUGGUGGUGGGAGCAACGGCAACGGUCACAACGGUAAUGGCCACAACGGUAACGGUCACAAUGGGAAUGGGCACAACGGUAACGGUCACAAUGGGAAUGGCUACAAUGGCAACGGCCACAGCGUGAGCAGUGGGAAUGGGAACGGCGCCAGCGGGGUUAGCGCUAGCGGAGCGGAAUCGCAGUCGCCUGCAGAGCCCAUGGCUCGCGCAACUAUCGUAUGAGGAGGGAAAGGAGGGGCACUGGUAGGAGGGUAGAGGCGCGGAAACAGGAUAGGUGUUGCGGAGGGCGAGGUUGGUGGUGUUAUGACGAGGGGGUAGGUGAUGGGUUAGGUUGCGUUUUUGACAUUAGGAAUUUGAAGGUGAAGAAUUCUACGCGACUAGCCACGAGGUAUACAUAUCCGUUCGUAAGGAAUGCGCGUGUGGGCGGUUGACGUUAUGGAUUUGGGUGCGAACUUGGGCACGACCGUGAAAGAACACAUAUAUUCGUCUGCAGAAGAGGAGAGUAAAGCGAAAUAUACCACUCAAGAUACUGUAUUCCCGGCGCCGUUUUUGAAAGUUGUUUAUGCGGGGCGGGACACACACACAUAGGUUGUGAUGGUUGCGCUCGUGCCUACAGUUCAUUUAUCCUGUCUGCCUACGCCGCAGGACAGCACAGCACAUUUAGUGAUGUCGGUUGGUGACAGGGGGCCCUCUAGAAGGCCGCGUCCAAGGCCGCUGUAUUUUUCAUUUUGGGUGUCAUCGGAGCUACGGUUUGUCUGUCGCGAUGCAUGUUUGUUUUGCGAUUGCGGAGGAGGAGGAGGUAUGUGUAGUCAGCUAUAGACGCAUGAUGAUGGUUCGGAGAGGCCUGCUGCGUGUUCUGCUCGUUAUGGUCCCCGGGCGGCUGCUGGGUUUAGCUUCACUUGUUUGAAACGCCUGUUCCUCAUUGUACCACCUCCUGCAUGGAGAGCCCCCUCCUCCACAGGUAGCACAGUUUUGGGAUUGCGGCGGCCUAGUCUUGAGUCCAGGGCUUAUGCGGCAUGUGGCCUUUGCAGGACAUGCAGUCGGGGGCGGUGCGUGUGCGCGUGCGCCACUCGCGUAACAGGGAAGCCAGCAGCAGCAGCUGAAGUGGUGUUGAGAGGGGCGGUGGUAUUGCUGGGCCAAUGAAGAUGCAGGAGUGUGGGCCCUAUGAACAAACUUGCUGGUCCCCUUGGUUAUUAGGGCAGUCCGAGGGUUGUUUGCUGGCGGCAUUAUCGGCAAUGCCGCGCGCCACACAAGCGGUGACGGGUUCUGCGCUGCUGUGAGCGAGUACUUGGAUAGCCGUCUCAGCGGUCGGCCGCUAGCAUAAGACGGGGAAGGCGGUGUGGUGUGGUGUGCUGCAGUAAGUCGGUUCGCACGCGCAAUAGUUUUCCAGAUUGGAGGAGUGAAUCCCGUGCCGAGGAUGGAUGGGCGUUUGCAGGGGUUUGCUGGGGUUAAAACACAGAUAGCCCGAUCCCCUUGUCCGGCGGUCACUCAUGGUAAGGUCAUGAUGUGUGUUUGUGUGAGUUGCAACGUGCAUCUUUGGCAUGCAGCUUAGAGCAAGAGCCGUGAGCCGCGUGCAACGCCGGGGGGUUCAACGGCUCGAUCGGUCGCAGAUAUGUAGACCGGCGGGCUCGAGGAGCCGGCGUUUUUGGUGCAACUAUGUCUCAAUUGCUGCUCUCUUCCCUUUUAUAUCAUUUUGAGCGACCUCUGAACCUUUGGACACUGUUGUUGUUGUUGCCAUCCGGUCCUAUAACGGACGGUGCAUGAGAUUUCGUGUGUGCUUGUUACAUUGGGGUUAAUGGCGGUGCAGGAAGUAAGAGAGGGAACGGUCAGGUAGGGCAGCAUGCCGUUUGCUGCGACUGUGCUGCUUCCCGUCGUCUGGGAAACUGCAUAUAAUACACACACUGGUAAGACUGGGAAGCACUGCGCGAUGCGGGAGAGGAUGCGCCAUGUAAAGAUACAUACUUGUCA